AUGGGUGUAACUUUACAGGAACCACUGGAGAUUGAACAAAAAAUCAUUGCCAUUGAGAAUCCAAACAGUCUGUUUAAAGUUGGCGCCACCAUACCCGUGGAAAUUGAAGUAAAAACAUCACGGACACGACCAACUGACAGAAUUGAGAACGGAAAAUUUUUUCAAAAGAAUGGAAGGAAUCCGAAAAAAUUGGAAAGAAACGGAGAAAGUGGCAAAGAUGUUGGUGAGACAAGUGACAGUGAGGAUAGCAGUAGUGAGAAAGAGAAGGUUCGAGAGUUGAUGAGUGAUGUUGAGGAAUUGGCGAAAAGCGAAGAUGGCGAGAAUUCUUCUACAAAUGAAGAGGAUGAUAAAAAUGAUGAAUUUGCAGAAAAGGUUCUUGUUACACGUCAGGGAUUCGGUGUCACCUUAUAUAAUGCAAGCCUCUGGACGCCAGCUACUGAAUUGGCCUAUUCCGCCUCAGUACACCUCGGUUGCACCAGCAAAGUGUUUAAUAAAGGGUGGCAAGUGCCAAGUAAUGCGAAACUGCUACAGAAGAAAGAAUCCAAAUUUCUUCGGGAACUUCUGGACACCUCGAAAACUCCAACGCCACGAGAAUUUGUCCGGAGGUUUAGGGAAUACGUGACGAAUAGGGAUCGGAAGGAUUUUCAAUAUUUCUUGGAGGAAAAACCCAAUAUGACAUUUUGGGUACCAGAAGUCAUACGUUACUUUAUUCAAAAAGACAUGUUGUCAAACAGUGUUGUGAAAGGCGGAAUCGUUAAGGCAUUGAUAGAUCGAGAGGAGUGGAACAUGCUUAAACUAGCACUUUUGUACGUUCCAGACAUUCCCGAGAGGGAUCUAAUAUACCUGCUAAAGUUCAUAAUCGGAAAGGGCGGUGUAAUAAAGGAAAAUGUUACGUCUUCUAGAAUAGUCGAGAAAGAAAAUUUGUCCAUUGAAAAUGCGCUCUUAUUGGUUAUUCAUGCCCCGCGAAAUGAUAAUAUGAUGAGAUGGAAUAUAAAACAAUUGACGGAAAAUGAGUUAUCUGUGAUACUGAGAAUUUUAUACGAGUGGAGUGAGAAACAUAAUCUCACGGAAAUUAUGGCCGAUUUUAUGAGCGAGAAACCUGACGUAGACGUUGAAAUUUUUGAAAAAUCAUCCAAACGAUCGCCAAUUAUUAAGCUCAAGAAGCUCAAGAAAACAAUGGAAUUUCGUAAUAUCGUCGACUUCCUAACGCUCAUUUUGGAUAUACACUUCUCAUCAUUCAUUAUGAAUCAUCAACUGCAUCCGCUUCUUAAUAAGUUAUCAGAACGCAUAGCUUACGAGGUGAAAUUUUUCGAAUCCCUGGAAUCCAUGAGAUCAUGUCUCAAACUUUAUCACAACAAACACCUCAGGAACGAGCAUUUAAUCAACGAGGACGAAUACAGGAAAAAGUCGAAUGUUCUCGCGAGAGGUGCCGAUCUACCAGAAUAUACUGUAGAAUUGUUUACGUUUUUUGGCGACAACAACGGUGAGAUUAGUAACCUGAGAAUAGAAGAAAUUGGGAGGACGGAUGAAAGUAUAAUUAGAAAUGGCGUCUCGAUUUCGAGUUCUGCUCAUGUGAUAAAUGGGGGUGUGUAUCAUGGAGAUAUGGAUGUUGAUGCCGCAAUUGACGAUGAAAGAGUGGAAUUUGAAAAUGGUCAAGUCUCAAAAGUCGUUCACGGUAGCAACGGCAUAGAACAUGAAUCGGACUAA